AAGGAGUUUCGCACGGAGCAGUGCCCUCUCUUUGUGCAGCACAAGUGCACCCAGCACCGGCCCUACACUUGCUUCCACUGGCACUUUGUCAACCAGCGUCGUCGCCGCUCCAUCCGCCGCCGGGAUGGUACCUUCAACUACAGCCCUGACAUUUACUGUACCAAGUAUGAUGAGACCACAGGCAUCUGCCCAGAAGGAGAUGAGUGUCCGUUCUUGCACAGAACCACGGGGGACACGGAGAGGCGAUACCACUUGCGCUACUACAAGACUGGAAUCUGCAUCCAUGAGACGGACUCCAAGGGAAACUGCACCAAGAACGGAGUCCACUGCGCCUUUGCUCACGGGCCCCAUGACCUGCGCUCUCCGGUUUAUGAUAUCAGGGAGCUUCAGGCCAUGGAAGCUUUGCAGAAUGGUCAGACUACAUCAGAAGGUGGCAUAGAGGGCCAGUCUGCAGUCGCUGCUAGCCAUGCAAUGAUAGAGAAAAUACUCAGUGAGGAGCCAAGGUGGCAAGAUACAACAUACGUGUUGGGAAAUUACAAGACAGAGCAAUGUAAGAAACCCCCUCGUCUCUGUCGCCAGGGUUAUGCCUGUCCCUACUACCACAAUAGCAAAGAUAGAAGAAGAAGCCCAAGAAAACACAAAUACAGAUCUUCACCGUGUCCAAGUGUGAAGCAUGGAGAUGAGUGGGGAGAUCCCAGUAAGUGCGAGAAUGGAGACUCAUGCCAAUACUGCCACACUCGCACAGAACAGCAAUUCCACCCGGAGAUCUACAAAUCCACCAAGUGCAAUGACAUGCAGCAGUCUGGCAGCUGUCCCCGAGGACCCUUCUGUGCCUUUGCACAUGUAGAACAGCCUCCUCUCACUGAAGAUUUACAGCAAUCCUCGGCGGUGUCGAGCCCGACGCAGCCGGGCCCUGUCAUGUACAUGCCCUCAGCAGCCGGGGAUUCUGUUCCAGUGAGCCCUUCCAGCCCACACGCCCCAGACCUGAGCAAUAUCCUUUGUAGGAACAGCAGUCUCGGAAGCCCAUCUAAUAUAUGUGGAUCUCCUCCUGGCGCCAUCGGAAAACCCCACAGCUUGGAGAGCAUUGGUUUUCCUCCAGACUCAGUAACAGCGGCCGGCAGCUACAAGAAGGCACCUGGGUUUGAGCGAGAAGAUCAGGUGGGGGCCGAGUAUUUGAAGAGUUUCAAAUGCCAGCAAGCGAAAAUGAAAUCCCAUUCACUGGAACACAGGAGCCAGGAGCAACCGUUGUUACAGCCCAAACAGGACAUAUUAGGGAUUCUCCCCGUGGGGAGCCCACUGACAUCCAGCAUCUCCUCCAGUAUCACCUCCAGUCUGGCUGCAACACCACCAAGCCCUGCUGGCACCAGCAGCAUACCAGGAAUGAAUGCCAAUGCCCUCCCUUUCUACCCAACCAGUGACACUGUUGAAUCUGUCAUAGAGUCUGCCUUGGAUGACCUGGACCUGAAUGAAUUCGGAGUGGCUGCCCUGGAGAAGACAUUUGACAGCAGCACGGUGCCCCACACAAGUGGCAUCAUGAUAGGUGGGAGUUUGCUGCAAAGUUCUGCUCCUGUAAAUAUCCCCGGGUCCCUUGGAAGCUCUGCCUCCUUUCACUCUGCCUCUCCUUCUCCACCGGUCAGCCUCUCAUCGCAUUUCCUCCAUCAACCCCAGGGACACUUAAGCCAAUCAGAAAACACGUUCCUGGGGACAUCAGCUUCUCAUGGAUCAUUAGGUUUAAAUGGGAUGAACAGCAGCAUAUGGGAACACUUUGCUUCGGGGAGUUUUUCGCCCAGUACCUCACCUGCAUUUCUGUCAGGUCCAGGUGCUGCGGAGCUGGCACGGCUACGACAAGAACUGGAUGAAGCCAACAGCACAAUAAAGCAGUGGGAAGAGUCGUGGAAACAAGCCAAACAGGCCUGUGAUGCUUGGAAAAAGGAGGCAGAGGAAGCAAAUGAUCGCGCCAACACGGCUAACAUGGAAUGCGAACUGGCUCGUGAACAGAGGGAAGCCUUGGAGCUGCAAGUGAAGAAGCUGCAGGAGGAGCUGGAGAGGAUCCAUGCAGGCCAGGACCCUCAAUUUCUGCGCUCUUUCUCUGACCUGGAAACUCUGUCACUAUCUUCACUUUAUACACUUCAGAAGCAGCUGCGGGCAAACUUGGAGAAAGUUGAUAAGGUGGUAUUUCAGAUGCAGUCAGUGAAAUGCCUUAAGUGUCAGGACAAGAACCGCGUGGUGCUCCCGUGCCAACAUGCUGUGCUGUGUGAAACGUGCGCCGAGCAGGACGAGUGCCCCAUCUGCCACCCCAACAGGCCCCAUCCUCUCCAGUCGUGACCUUCCAAGGACACUUGGUCUAAUCAUAUCGUAUAGAACUUUUUAACUUUAUACAUGCGUACAUAUAUAUGUA